GCCAAGAAAGAGCCUAGACCAUUCUCAUUCCCCUACCCUUCACAAGAGAAAAAUGAGGAGGAUCCCAACCAGUGUGUCUGCUUUAGCAAUUCACAUUUUUCUUCUAGCUUCUAUUUCUAUUCCCUUGACACAAUCCCAGCCCUCUUUCCCAUGGAAAGAUGGGAAUGGCGAUUUGGUAGACCAAAUAUGCAAAAAGACACCCUUUUACGACCUUUGCAGCUCGAUCCUUCACUCAAACCCUCCGAGUCCAAAACCUGAUCUCAAAGGGGUGGCCCUAUUGAUGGUGAACAACAUUCUGGCAAAUGCAACUGACACACUGAGUUACAUUGAGGGGCUGAUUAAGCAGACCUCAGACCGUGAGUUGGAGCAAGCCUUGGCUUUUUGUGCUGAGUUGUAUAUCCCAAUUGUCAAAUACAUUCUCCCACAAGCUGCUGAUGCCAUAAGCCAGGGCCGUUUUGGCUUUGCCAGUUACUGCAUUUCUGAUGCUCUCAAAGAAGUGAGUAGCUGUGACAAGAAAUUCUCUGGUGCUGCACAGGCACCCUUAGGGGACAGAAACGACAUUGUGCAGAAGCUAGUGAAUGUGGCUGCGGCCAUAGUCAAACUACUUCUAAAGGGCUGAUUCCAUUGCUUGUAGGUAAUAGCACUUAGUAGUUAGUACUAGUUGUAUUGUAGUACUCUUAUUGAAUAAACAUAUGAUUCUUUAUUGUA